AUGUCUGAAUCUGAAGCACAGUGUGCCCUCAACCCAGAUGGGUCUCUAAAGGAUGCCAAAGACAUUGUCUUUUACAACAAUCCUGAAGAUGCUGUCCUCAUUUCUGCUCCAUCCUCUGCCCAGCCAGCUACUACUCCCACAGACGCCUCCUCUGUGCUACUGCAGACUGGACACAAAUUGGUGCCACUUAUUGCAGGUGCUCAAUGCUCUGUUCACACCUCUAAACCUUCUGCAUGCCUCCGUGAUGCCAACAAUGCUUGUUCUUCAACAAGCCACAAACAUGCAUUAUCUAAUGCGACCGAGCAACUAGUUAGGAAAAAGGUUGUGUUACAGCUCUCUGCUCCAUUAUCUGAUGAUGAAGGCUCUCAUGUGGCUGAUGAGGCUGAGGAUGAAGAUGUACCAGCACCUGAGGACAAAUCUGAGGACAAACCUGAAGAUCUUCAAGACAUCUGA